CUCUAGGAGAGAGUACGGCUAUUACCAAUUACCAGCAGCUACCGCAUAGAGAAGAAAAAAUCGUCUCUUGUUGCGUUGUGCGAAAUUCUUAUUUCCGUAUUUCCAUUGUAUUUUUAUCUGUUUAUUUAAUAUCUUGUUUAUUGGAAGUGAAGGUGACAGUACUUUUUGUGGAUUAAAGUGUAAUAUUAUUUUGACUAUAGUGUAACAGAGACAGUACAGAAAUGGUGUUCUCAGUGACGGCCUUUCUAUUUUCUACAUUUUAAAAUUUUGUAAAAUCUGUGUGCGCUUCAGAAUGGCGUCCGACAAGGAAGUUUUUUCUUUGUACGAUAGCAGUCCUGCUUCAUUGUUCGACAUAACUAUGUCGUUCAUAGUCGACAAUUUGAAUACUAUUACGAAAGUAGAUGCUUCCAGUCGAUCGCGCAAACUCAAAGACGACAUCUUACUACCUGCGGAAAUAUGUGAAAAAUUUCUAGCAGCUUAUCAAAAAAAUAGUCGCAUCAGUGACAAUAUUGCCAAUUUGUUCCGUGACCGUGAACGUACAAGAUUGGACACUGUCAAACUGCGCAACUCUCGCAUCACUGAUGAUGGUCUACGCAUUUUUAUGAAGCAUAAGCCUUACGAGGUGGAAUUGGUGCAAUGUGAAUAUCUCUUGCCAGCUUCCUUAGACAUCAUAAAUGCUAACAGCCAAAAUUUAGUGUCACUGAAAUUUGGUCCACUUACAAAUGUGCUAUCAGCACAGAAUGAAAGCCUGUUUAGGCAGAGAGGAUACAUAAUAAAUGCCCCAAAACUCAGAAAACUCACGAUUCAACGUCGAGGGUUGGCCAUUGUUCCAAGGCUCCUCCUAAAAUCCUUGCCUAAUUUAACUCAUUUGGAUUUAUCUGAUUGUAGUUCAAAUACUUCAAUAUUGGCUAUAAAUGAACUAAAGAAUUUAAAGUCACUGAUAUUGUACAGCGUGCAUUGGUCAAAAGAUGUAAUAGUUUGGAUAACCACCUUGCAAACAUUGCAACACUUGGAUAUAUCUCAGGCUAAUGAGAGACAGGGCAAAUAUUUUUGCCCGAAUGAUGUUUUGUCAAAGUUAGUGACUAGUCUGCCACUGUUGGAGUCAUUAGAUAUAUCGGGAACAAAUUUGGCUGGAUCUGGAGCAGCAGCUGUUUCAAGGGAUCACUCUGGACACAGCAGGGCUCAUGAGUGUUGUGAUAUACCUGGUCUUGUGAGUCGGGUCCACAGACCUUUGGAGUUUCUUGGUCUCUAUGGUACCCAUCAUGGUGCUUGUAAGAGGCAUGACAUUCCUGCCAAAGUGAUUUCCGGCGAUGCCAAUGAAGAACAGAUACUGACUGCAGCUGUAGCUUACAGGGAAAGACCAGCAAUGUUAGCUCGUGUUCUCAAUGAUCUUUAUUACUUGUUCCGUUACGAGAACAAUGCCUAUGUAGGCCGAGCUCUUUGCGUUGUAUUAGAUGCUAUGGAUCAACAUGUGCUGGAAAAGCACAUCCAAAUUUCUGGAAGUGCUACACUAUUCUACAUAGUGAAGGGGAAAGAAAAAGAUAGAAUUGGCAUUAAGCUGAAGAGGCGCAUCAUAACUGCUUUACUUGACGGGAUGGAAGCUCAUCUUGGAGAUGACACAAUGAUGAGAAAUGGUUGUCUAACUCUCUGUCAGUUUAAGAUUCCGACAGACGUGAUGUUUGAGUAUGAGCGUGUGGUGCAAAUAUUGUUGAGCGGUGUCGCCGAUUUAAACCAGGAAGGAUUUGUGCAAAGAAUUGCCAUAUAUUUACUGAACUCGCUGGCCUGUCAAGUGGACGGAACACAAAAACGUUUUCUGGGAAAUAACGGCGCAAUAGGGAAAAUGUUGAAUUUAAUAUCAGACCGCCUGGAGCGCCGUAUAUGCGAUGAUGUACUGGAGGUGGCAUGGUCCACUAUGUGGAAUGUGACUGACGAGACUCCACAGAAUUGCCAGAGGUUCCUGGAGAACCGAGGCAUGGAGUAUUUCCUUGCUUGUCUUAAGAGUUUUCCCGAUAAAGAAGAGCUGCUCCGUAAUAUGAUGGGUCUGCUUGGCAAUGUUGCUGAAGUGGCAGAAUUACGACCUCAAUUGAUGGAUAAACUGUUUCUCACCGUCUUUUAUGAAUUACUUGAUUCCUGCAGUGAUGGCAUAGAGGUGAGCUACAAUGCUGCCGGAGUGUUAGCCCACAUGGCAUCAGAUGGACCCGAAACUUGGACUGUGGAAGAUCCAGCUCGGGAUGCAGUUCUGACGCGUGUCGCAGCUGCAGUCGACCGUUGGGACCUGAAGGCAGAACGGAAUAUUAACUACCGUUCCUUCGAGCCUAUUCUAAGCUUACUGCACGCCCAUCACACCCCGCAAUGCCAACACUGGGCCGUCUGGGCAUUGGCCAACCUGACAACUGUUUACCCUGAGAAAUAUUGUCACUUGGUAGAAGCGGAAGGAGGACUACGAUUACUGAAAGAUCUGCUGUUGCACCCUGCUCCUUAUCAGCACAUUAAGGAUCUCGCACACGUUGUUAUCGACAAUUGCUCCCGGUAUGCCGUGCGCGAGUUCGAUGGCGAUACCCUUUCGGAUGCACUGUCUUUUGACAACUAACUAACGGAGUAUUUCGAGGACAUAUAUCCUCAUUUGCACGAAUAGAUGAAAUUCGCGAGGCCUCCGAUUAUUAGAUCCACCUGAAGAUACGUCGACUGCGAGCACCGACAACCCACGUAUAGUGAUGUAGCGAAUUCUAUUCAACUGCAUAAAAUUGAACUAUAAGUGAACCGAAGUAAAAAUGCCAUGUAAGCAUGAAUUGAAACGGUCACUGUGUUAGUAUCAUAAGUGAAUUAUAAUAGUGGCGCGUGCUCUUUACUCUUACUAUCGAAUUUCACUUCUAACAUCUCACGGCCCUUGUAUGACCAUUUAAUCAAUCUUUGUCUAAAUAAAAAAUAACCUGUAGUUGUGUGACAAGUAUUACGGCUUACCAACUAUGCCUAAUUGAUUUCUUAUAAAGGAACAGUCCAAAUUGAAUAGGUAUAAAACUUUUGAUGUUAGAAUUGUAGUAAUAUAUGGAAAAUAGAUGUAAGGAAGGUGCAACACUGAUUUUGUUUUGUUUGCCACUAUAUGCUUUAAAUGUUAUAGCAUUAUGAACUGUAUUUUGUAAUAUAAAUUGAGUUUCUAUAUUUUACGUUUAAAUAAAUAUUUAUUUUAGGAUAGUUUCAGUAAACGUUAUUUAGAUAUAAUAUUGGUAGUAAUUAAACUCUGUUCCUUAAAUCACUACUUAAUUAACACAAUAUUUUGCACAUUACUAGUCUUGCUACUGUAAGCAUAAAUGUGUAUUAAUUAUUAUCAAUUAAAAUAUUCAAAAUCCGUUUCAUCUAAAUUUUUAGGAAUACAGAAUGUUCUAUACUUGGUUAAAAUUCUUUACUUCACAUGAAAAAGCCUUUGCCUAAUAUAUGACUUUGAUAUAAUUUUUGUCACACCGUAUACAAAUAUUCGAUUUCAAGUUGCAACUUUUCUACUUAGUUUAACCAAAUCAUCAUACUUUAUUCGUUAUAUAUGAAGUAUUGUUUCAUUAACUUUUAGAGUAACAUUUUUUCGUUUUCUAAUUAGUUAAGAUUUUUAAGAAAUAAAUCAGUUAAUAUUUGUAUCGUUGUUUUGAAUUGGUUAUAUGUACGUUAAUAAGAAAUAUUUUGUUGAUUGAAAGAUGAUCCAUUUUUUUAGUUAAAAUUAUUACUUCCGUUUUUAUCUCUUAAACUCUUUCUAUGUGCUGUAGCACAUUUGUGUAUUAGGGAUAAAGUUAUUAAUAAUAAAAAACAUAAAUGUUUAUUGUCUUUUAAAAUAUAUUAUUGCAUACAAAUAUAAUCAUGUCGUCGCUUAUAACUAUGUCGUAUAUGGAUGUCUGUAUAAUCAAUGUUACUGAAAUAAGCUAUUGUCGAUUUGAUCAUUCUCGAUACAUUUCACACCUAGUAAUCUUACAAUCUGUUAACAACAUUAUAUGAUUACAAUCCUGCAUUGAUUGUCUAAUAUAAGUGUAAUAGAAAAUAUUAGAUAAUCAAAAUGUAUCAAAUGCUGACAUAGCAGACUUCACACAUUUCUUAAAUAAACAGUAGUCGAAUCGAGGCAGUAUUGAUUGAAAAUUGUAAUAAUUGUUGUCGGUGUUAGCAUAACCAAACGUAUAUAUCAUAACAAUCUGUAUCACAUUUUGUGUUAAUAAAGCUUUAUAAAAGGCUAUACACUAACCCGUAAGGUAUAAUAUAAGACAAGUUUAAUCUAUAUUGAAUGUGAUUUAUGUAUUGCUAUAACAUAUCUAGUAUAACCGAUAUUGUUUAAUCUACAUUACUAUUAAUAGUUUAUAUAAGUAACUAUGUGUCUAGAAUCAAGUAAUUACUACUUCUAUUCUUAAACCUAUAAGUUAUCAUUAAAAAUUUUCAAUAGUUAUUUACAUACAAUAAUGUUACCAUCAAGCCUCACAAUGCCAUACAGCAACUAAACGAAUUAUACUAUUAUAUCUUACGAUUAUAUUUCGUAUUAUAUAGAUAGUAGAGGUGUGUCGUGGAUACAAGAAAUAAUUUGUGUCUAAACAUUUUCUUGAGCAUAAAUAUAAUACAAGUUUAUUGAAGCUGUGUAGGUUAGUUAUAUUUCCAAUUACAAAUAUUUCACAAAAUUCCGUUCAUGAUUUACUACGAAUUUUAAAGAAAAAGUAAAAAUAUAAAUUGUUAUUAACGUAACAGACAUCUGAUAUUUUUUUAUUAAUUUCUACAAUACUGUUACAAUAAUUAGGUUGUUCGGAAAGUAAUUUCGUUUUUUCUUAACUUAGGAUUUAAUUGUAUUUUUUGCACUCAAGUGCACACUUAAGCCGUAUAAUUUUUAUAUGCUUUGAGAGCUCAUAUAGCAAGGCCGAUGUGUGCAAAAAUUACAAUUAAUUCUACGCAGUAGUUAUUGGUUGGUAUCCUUUUAAAUAUGGAGAGGAAUAAGCAGCAUUUUCGACAUAUCUUAUUGUUUUAUUACAGAAAGGGCAAAAAUGCUGUUCAAGCCAGAAAGAAAUUGACCGAUGUGUGUAGAGAAGGUGUGUUAACAGUACAACGGAACUGGUUCGCUGAAUUUGCAAUUCUGAUGUCGAAGAUGAAGAUGAAAUUUAACCUCAAUCCGAUCUCACGUUACUUGCCGGUUCGCAUCAACCAGUGCCUUUAUCAGCUUCAACCGGCCUUCCCGAGGAUCCCGAAGAUGCACCACGUAUCUUCGACAUCAAAAUUGCCGGAUCGAAAUUUAGUGAACCAGUUCUGGCACUGGCGUACUGUUAACACACCUUCUCCACACACAUCGGUCAAUUUAUUUCUGGCUUGAACAGCAUUUUUGUCCUUUCUGUAGUAAAACAGUAAGAUAUGUCGAAAAUGCUGCUUGUUCCUCUCCAUAUUUAAAAGGGUACCAACCAAUAACUACUGCGUAGAAUUAAUUGUAAUGUUUCACACACAAGCCUUGCUAUAUGAGCUCUCAAAGCAUAUAAAAAUUAUAUAGCUUAAGUGAGAAGUUGAGUGCAAAAAAACAAUUAAAUCCUAAGGUAAACAUAUGUUAAUUACGUUGUAUUUAUUUGUCUUUACAAUAUCUUAUUAGCAUGAAAUUGUAAUCAAGUAUUAAAAUAAUCAUGACUACUGCUCACUAGUAAUUCUAACGAAGCGAUACCCUCUCAAGAGUACUGGUGAUACAAUGUUCUCUCUAUUUUAAAUCAACCCUAAUAUUAAUUAUAAUAGUGUCUUUAAAUUAAAAAAUCUACAAUUUUUAAUGUAUUUUCAACAAAACUAUAUAGAUUAGUUAUUUUCUACGAAAACGUUUAGCAAACUUUUCAAUUUAUAUACCUACUAUAAUUAUAACUCCAUCCACCACUACAAAAAUAUGUUCUGUAAUUUAUUUCAUGCUUUCUGUUGUAUUCAAUCAUUCUAAUAUAUUUUCUACUAGUAGUCGAUAAUUUGAAUCAAGUAAAACUUUCGUAAUUCAUCGAAACUGUUUCUCAUUGUAAACUUAGUAUUAUGUUUAAUCGUAGUAAUAUUAUAUUCAUGUGUUUUUGUUAUUAAAAUAUAUCUCUUAUCAAAAUGUUGAAAUGUAUUAUUUCUAGAAGUCUUGGAUCUUCAAAAGAUUGUCGUCUUAGAAAUUAAUAUGUAUCAAUAAAGUAAUACUACACUAAUGAUGUUUUAUUUAAAACCCUAUGUUCCAAUAACUCCCAAAGUAGGUAUACUUUAACGGCAUUUGUGUUAUAUCCUGCAUUGUGCAGGACAACAAUUUUAAGGGACAAAUAUAUACUCCGAGGACGCUCUUUCAUCUGCGCAGGUGUAAA